AUGGAAGACACAUACUAUGACACGUCAUGGCUCGUCCACAGUGUGCGAAAGCUCACACCUUCACUACUGUCCCUAUUUGCGCCAACCUCGACAGACUCGGAGCGAUCACACCAAACAGACAUACUCACCACCCACGCCUCAGCCUUUGCAGAGUUCAUCGGUCGCGAUCGCCCACGCUACGAAUCCGAGGAAGAAAAAGAGAAGCUCGGUCUCCUGAGACAAUGUAGAUGGACGUUACUGGGAGGAACAUCUGGAGCAGCAGAAGAGUGCCCAAUGCAUUAUCGUGCUGGCAGAAAGAGAAACCGAGACGAUGAUGCUACCUCGAGUGUUAAUGGCAUUGUGAUAAGCCUCAUAUAUGAGAAGUCGACCUACAAAUUCAUCAUCUAUGCCAACCACAUCAACGCCUCGAAACGUAGCCGGACCGCGCCAUCGGGCUCGUUCGCACCCACGGCACCAGAGAACCAGACGGCUAUCCUCCUCUCCAAAUCAUCGCCCACAAUCCUAAAGGCACUGAUGUCCUACGUCUCGGACAAGUUCGCUCUGCCUGACAUCUAUUCUCUCCACUUACCAUCCAAGUUCAUCCAGGGCACACUCCAAAACUACCUCUUGACCAUCUCCUCAUCCCUCACCGCGUCCGCGUCGGAUCUGAUGCAAUCCAAGAUGCAAGAUCUCUUUAUUGAUGUUAUCAGCAGUGUGAGACUCACAAUUUCAUUCUCCGCCCCGGUCGCACCGCACCUGAAAUCCUUAGAUGUGGCCGUGGCUCCUUACGCCGUUCUCAAGGCCAUCCCGGAACAUGGACGCUCCGUCGACAACCGAAAACACUUCAUGGAGACGAUAGCGAACUUUAUCUGGGCGCACACGGGUCUCAAAUUGCCCGUUGACCUCGAGUACACCAGGGACGCCGUGGCGCAACAUGUCAACAACGGCUUCGGCGAAGAGACGGCCAACAAGCCUGAACCAAUGAAGAUUUCGAGGAUUUCAAAUGCCGCAUACGCUAUCUCCUGUGACCACCGCGUCAAGUUCGUGGCAAGGGCGGUCAAUGCCGUCGACGACCCAGAGCAGCAACCACAAGACAACUGCGUACGUGUCGCGAAUCGUGAUCUUUUGGUUGCGAUGCUCGACGAGGCGCGUCGACAGGCCCUGGUUGGAUGAAGAUAUUGUUCAUGGAGACUACCAGCACACUUUGGCGGUGUGGACGGUGGCCUGGCUUUUAAUUUUCUUUCCUAGGAGGGCUUUUGAGAUGAGGCUUUUGUAUUAAUAAGAUUUUGACGAUUGAUGAACGACUGUUCGAAGGAAGCGUGGGUUCGGUAUGUUGGAAAGGAACUCGGCGUUGCGGGUAAUUUGGUCUUCCGGGAAAAGGUUGGGAAUCGUGACUGAAUGCAGGGUAACCGAAUGGAAAACUACGACGAGAAGAGUAAUGGCACGAAGAGUGGGCAGAAUCGAUGCCCUUAAUGAAUGAG